GGACUCGCUUCUUGUUCUGGUAGUCGCGGGGCAUGCGUCUUCAGUACGCAUCUAUUGUGUUAACCAAAUCCCCGCACUUGGUCUCUCCGUGUUUACAUUCGCCGAAGCGCCAGCAUGACAGAUGCAGGGUCUGCCCGCAAUAGAACAGACGCGAGGGGCAGCGUCGUGGACAAAGCAUCGGGUGGGCGGCGCCGUGUGUACCUGGCAGUGACGGCCACGUACUUUGGCACCAUUGGCUCCGGACUCACGUACGGGUACUCUUCGCCAGCACUUCCCGACAUCCGGCGCACCCUGGACAUCAGCGAGGAGGACGCGGGAUGGUUCGGUUCCCUCUUGCUCGCCGGCGGCAUCGUUGGUGGAGUGUUCUCAGGGCAGCUGCUAAACUUGAUAGGCCGCAAGGGAUCCACGGUGGUUGCGGCUGCAUUGUUCGCGGCCGGUUGGAUACUGCUCGCCUCCGCCAACUCUAAGGGUCUCCUCUUUUCUGGCCGCUUCCUUACUGGUGCAGGAGUGGCCGUCAUGUCCGCAACGUCCUCGGUGUUCGUGGCCGAGGUGGCCCCUACCAGCCUGCGGGGAGCGCUGAACACGGGCUGCAACUUCAUACUCGCUCUGGGAAUCUUCGUGGGCUACGUCUUGGGCAAGUGGCUCAACUACCAGUGGCUCGCCGCAGCCAGCUUAGUGCCAGCUGUCAUCAGCGGCCUCUCUUUUUUGCUCUACGUUCGGGAGUCGCCAUUGUGGCUCCUGCAAAAGGGGCGCCGCAAAGAGGCCAUGGAAGCGUUACAGUUUUACCGGGACUCGCACGUAGAAAAUGAGUUCAAGGCGAUGGAAAGCAGUGUCACCAACGUGUCUUCAGGCCUCGCCCUCGGCGACUUGACGCAGCCUUACAUCUACAAGUCUUUUCUGUGCGCCCUUCUUUCCCUAUUCAUGCAGCAAGUGUCAGUCGUCAAUAUUCUUCUCUUUUUCGCCCAAGACAUUUUCCGAGAAGCCGGGGUCGCCAUGGCUCCCGACGACUGCACGAUCGUUGUUGGUGGAAUACUGGCGUUAUUCUUCCUGGUCGCCACCCUGCUUGCUGACAGAGCAGGGCUCAAGCUUCUCUUCGUAUUUUCUACCGCACUCUCUGCAGCCAGUCUAGCAGCGCUGGGCCUGUGCUUCCACCUGAAAGACGUCAAUGGCCAAAGCUUUCUGGACAACUACAGUUGGCUUCCAUUGGUGUCUAUUGUGCUGUACUUUAUUGGUUACUCCCUUGGGCUCGGCCCAUUGCCCUUUGUGUUCGUCGGAGAACUGAUACCUUUGAAGGCCAAAGGCAUUGCUACCUCUGUGUGCGUCGUCCUCUUCUACAGCUUUGGCUUCCUCAUAACAAAGACGUUUGCAGACUUAGUGCACCUAGUAGGCACUGGAGCCGCAUAUUGGUUCUACGGCUCACUACUGGCCGUAACGUUCCUUGCAUUUUUAGUACUUGUACCCGAUACUAAAGGGAAGACACUCGAUGAAAUUGAAGAAAUUUUCGGCAAGAAAGUCGUACCCACACAGCUGUACAGUAUGAAUGAAUUAGUAACCUACCAUCUCUAAAAGGCCAUCUAACAAGUUUCAAACUCUAUAGCAAUCUUCACACGAAGCACGGCUUCUAUAGCUUAGUGGAGGGACGUAGCGGCACGAACUGUGUCUACAUAGUCCCAGCAUCUCCCUGUUCUAUGUUUAACAAGAACUGAUAGACGUGAGUGCAGUCAGCUUCUACAGGUCUAGCUGCUAUAGUUACAGCUCCAGAAACUUGACUUUCUUUUUAUUUAGGAUUGCUGCAGAUGUAAACAACGUGAUGUAAUUACAGUGGCACUCCAUUAUCAGCGGGUGCUAUUAAUAGAUUUUUCUACAGACCACGCCUUAGAACUCUCACCUUUCUGCCUAUUGGUGCUGAAUAUACUGCAAGCGUUGUUGCAAUAUAUAGCUGUGCGAAAAAUAUGAGUCUUAAUAAUAUGAACGUAAGUGAAUUGUAUAGAAAGAUUGUGCCAUUGCAAAAUGUUUGAGCCAUUCGCUUCAGAUCAAGCCCACUCUGCAUCGUGUUCGUGGUGUAGGCGAGCAAGCAACAGAUGGUCCAUUGGGGCCAAGGAAUAAAUCACCCGAGAUUACCUGA